AAUGGUUACGAUAAUUUGCAAUGGGGUAAGCGAUUAAUGGGAAGACUUUUAACCACGUUAGCUCAGAUCAGUCCAUUAGAUUGUGCAGAAGAAUGUCUUAUUCGCCCGGGCUGCUUGUCUUUUAAUUACCGCCGCUCAGCAAUAUUUUGUGAACUGAACUAUGAAAACGGUUCUAGGUCAGAUGCUAAUAUGACUUCAGAGGAUGGGUGGAUAUUUAGCCUAAGGGAAACAUGGCCUUUGGAACUUACUGGAACUUGUCAACAUUCAAACUGUGAUCUGAAUGAAAAGUGUAAAAGUGGAUCAUUUGGUUCCUUUAAAUGCGAAUUGGCUCAAUGUCACCCAGUGAACCUUUCUCUUCCAAACAACACUACACCAUUCAAAUCUGAUAUUGCUGUUGAUUUUGGCAGCCGACACUUAUUGAAUUGUGCUGAAGGUUAUAAUCAAACAGGUGAUGAACUUGUAAGAUGCCUCUGGAAUGGACUUUGGAGUGACGUCAAUAUUACCUGUCUUGACGCAACAUUUAAGAUCAAUCCAUUGAAACUCUGCAAAUAUAAGAUCCUUCAGGGAACAAAGAAUGGAAAACAGAAAGCUGUGGAAGCAUGUAGAAAGAUAAAUGGUUCUCUUUUAGAGAUUGAAACAGAAGAGGAACUCAGUCUUAUUGUGAAUAAUAUAACUAUCAUUCAAGGCUACAGGAAAACCCCACCCGUCUUUCCAUUUUAUCUGGGAGCAAACAUUAUUGAAGAUCAAUUUGUGUGGGAAACAACCAAUAUGAGCAUUGAUUCAUCAUUCCUUCAAGUGAAUCUAAAUAAACAAGAAAACUAUAAGUGUCUUCUAAUGGAUAAUCAAUCAGGCUCAGUGAACUUAAAAAAAUACCUUUGCGAAGAGGUAAAAACUGUUCUUUGCGAAAUGAAAUCUUGUUAAAUAAAACACAUUCCUUUUCCCCUCAAGAUUGUCUCUCCAUAAAUAAAGCGAAAAUUCUAAUAUCUAACUUAUACUUGAGAAGCUUAGUGUUCACAUCGAAACAAAGUAUAACAGCGUAUUUGA